AUGACGAGUAUUGAGUACCAGCUUGCACGCACUACGUGGGCUUCCCGAAUUUUGGGAUACCUUCAUCCUCAGGUUUCGCAAAGUAGCCUAGAUUCAUCAGACGAUGAAACCCUGGAGUCCGAGGAUGAUGAUCUGGCCGAUGCAUUGGAGGCAGGAACCACUAAAGUCGAAAUCCUGGUCAAUCCUACCCAGAGUGCCAAGGAGAAAUUUAUUGACUGUCUCGCUGAACUCAUGUCUCCAGAACAUGGCUGGGGCGGUGUCAUAGCCACCUCUCUGAGGGUGACCCAAAAUGCUAUUUAUGUCGAUGUGGCGGCAAACUCGGGGUUCGAGAAAGGUUUGCACACCUGGGACGGCCUGGAAAGAGCUAUUACGGAGUGUUUAAUGGCUCAAGCAUCAUGUGAUGAGAAGACGAGAGAAAUUGGAUGCUAUAAUUUUGAGGAGGUUGCGGUCGAAUUCAGCCACAAGCGCCUCACGAAACAUGCAGAAAGGAUUUUGAGUGUCGCAACGAUCGAAAUUCAAAAUAACGUCGUUUUAUCGGAGAUCCUUGAAAUCAUACGUCAGCCCCGAUCCUCGGAUGAUCCUCAAAGUCGAAUUCGGCUAGCCAGACUGGCAUACGAAUUUACAAGAUCUGGAAACAUAGGUAUUAUCCCUGAUACGCUGACGAAGAAACAAAAGUCACAUUUGUGGCGAAACUUACGCUUCCUCGGACGCCCAAUCCACAAUUGCCGUUUGAUUGCACAGAUCGGGCUUAACUUCCCUCAAUUCCGCAAAAUUGAAAUUCACCAUAUCCCUCGACCACAGCCUACUAAAUUGCAGCCCGAAUAUAUCAUUUCUUUUAAAGAUGCACUACGACGACUUGGGCUCGAAGAAUGCGAGCAAAAGCUUUUGAGCAACUCGAAAUAUCCUGUGCCCACAUGGUCGAGCUUCAAUUCCAAAUCCAAAGAGGGACUAUACGCCCACGCGGAAGUCCAGUUGCUAGCAUGGCACUCUGCUAACCCACACAUGAAGCCAUUCCUUGACUACUUUGGCUGUAGCAAAAGAACAUGUCUCCUCUGUGAGGCUCUGAUGAGAACCCACUCUCCCAUCAUUCUCAGUAGGGGAAGGCAUGGAGUCUGUUUCCCAGAUUGGGGUAUCCCUCAUCCCCUGUUCGUCAACUCCCCUUCAAUUCUGAUCACAUUAGAGCAUUAUUUUGUGGAAAGAAUACGACAUUAUGUGGUUGGCAAGGGCUAUAACAUCUACCAGAAUGUUGCACAGUCCUCCUUUGUAUCGACGCUUCAUAGCCAGGAGCUACUAGCGCCUCGAGUACGAGAAAUUCUCAUUGAAACCCAUGAAACCGAAAAGUCCGCUUACAUUGAGAAUGAACGAGCUCUGUAA